CUUGCCGCGACUAUCCCCACCGGCUUCAGUCAACUUAUGAACGUUACAGAACAAAUACCAUCAUCUGCAAGUUGUCCUCAGUGUUCUUGUAAAUCCACCCUUCUGUUUUUCACCUGGCUUAAGACGCCUCAUCUCAGUUAUUCGAGCUCCGAACGGAAAUUAACCAUUCUAUAUUUAUGUAUAGUUUGUUUUUCGUAAAAAUGAUGACGAUACUGGACUCUCUGGCAGCGACGGCAACCGCAGUAGCGUUUGAGAGUCUUUCAUUAGUGUUUGACUUGUGCUCGUUACCACUCUACGCAGUUAUUUACCAACCCUGGAAGCUCUGGACUUACAAGCCUAUAAUGUACAGUAAGCCCCUCGAGGGCGCUCCCGAAUGGGGUCCCUUGGUCAAAACUAACUACGAAAUAGAUCCUGAGCUGUUUAGUGGCUGUACUACGAUCGAUCAAUUGAUGAGAAAGGUGUUCGUGCGGUUUCAACACACAAAAGGAUUUGGUACUCGACAGCAAUUUGGAGAAGAAUUUGAAACACAACCUGACGGAAAGGUCUUUAAAAAGAAAAUUCUUGGCGAAUAUGACUGGAUGACAUACGGAGAGUUCGAAAAGAAAGUGGAGUUCGUCAGUAGAGCUCUAAUGUCUUUGGGAAUACGUCCGCGACAGAAUAUCUGCAUCCUGGCUGAAACUCGCGUAGAGUGGAUGCUUACUGCACAGGCAUGCUUCCGAAACAAUAUACCAGUUGUCACAUUAUAUCCGUCACUCGGAAAGGAAGGCCUCAUUCAUGGUCUUAACGAGGCGGAAGUGACGCAUCUGAUCACUUCACAAGAUCUCUUACCAAAGAUCAUCUCGGUACUGCUUCAAGUCCCAUCGUUGACAACAAUAGUAUAUAUGGAAAGUGCUUACGAUAAAGCUCCGCCUCCAACUGCCCCAAAGGAGAUUCGCCUUAUACCGUUUUCACAAAUGGAGCAAAUAGGAGCGACCGCCGAUCCCGAACUCAAAGGCGAAAAGCCAACUGCUGACGACCAUGCUAUCAUCAUGUACACCUCCGGUUCAACAGGAAUUCCCAAAGCUGUGAUUAUCACGCACGGAAAUGUCGUGAGCGUUGCCAAAGGCUUCCAAAUAGCCCUAGUACCCUUGGUCCCGAACGAUACAUACAUUGCAUAUCUGCCGCUGGCGCAUAUUUUUGAAAUCUCUGUCGAAUUGACCUGCAUUGCAAAGGGAAUGAAAAUUGGAUAUUCAUCGCCAUUAACAAUUACCGACAAGUCAACGGCCAUGCCACUUGGGGGAAAAGGGGACGCAACGUUGCUUCGGCCUCAUCUUAUGUGCGCUGUUCCAUUAGUUUUGGAUCGCAUCCGUAAAAAUGUGUUGGAAAACGCUUCCCGGAAGGGAGCGCUCUUUAGAAGAUUUCUCGAGUUCGCAAUCAGCUACAAACUUCGUUGGACGAAAUGGGGCUUCAAUACGCCCUUACUAAACAGAGUAGUCUUCAGCAAGACUCGCGCUGUUAUUGGGGGCAGGAUGAAGGUCAUAUGCGCUGGCUCUGCACCACUCUCCGCUGACACUCACGCAUUCAUCAAAGUCUGUAUUGACUGUCCCAUAAUACAAGGCUAUGGAUUGACGGAAUCUACGGCUGGCGCCACUCUCAUGGAACUGUCAGACAGAAGUGUUGGCCGGGUCGGGCCUCCGAUUUAUGGCGGAUACAUCAAACUCAUUGACUGGCCACAAGCACAUUAUCACGUAACCGACAAACCUUAUCCACGAGGAGAAAUUCUCGUGGCUGGAAAUACCGUCGCUGUCGGUUACUACAAGAACGAUGCCUUAACCCGGGAGGUGUUCGUUGAAGAAAAUGGAUUACGUUGGCUGUAUACGGGCGACGUCGGCGAAGUACAUCCCGAUGGCACAAUCAAAAUUAUUGAUAGGAAAAAGGAUCUGGUAAAGCUACAAUUCGGCGAAUAUGUGUCACUUGGAAAAGUCGAAGCAGAACUGAAGACCUGUGCGUUGGUCGAGAAUAUUUGCGUGUACGGGAGCUCUUUCCACACAUACCUAGUAGCUUUGGUGUUACCAAACGAAUUGGCCCUUUCGCAAAUCGCAGAUCAACUCGGAAAAACGAGUCGUCUCGUUGCAGAACUUUGUAACGAUUCUGACAUCGUUCAGGCGGCCACAGAACUAGUCAUUGCACAUGCCAAGAAAUGUCACCUGCAAAAGGUGGAGACGCCUAUCAAGCUGAAACUAUGCGCGGAACAAUGGCUGCCUGAUACCGGCCUCGUCACGGCUGCUCUCAAAAUUCGUCGGAAAAAUAUUGCCGAUUUUUACCAACGUGACAUUGAUAUGAUGUAUGCUAAUAAUGGGAAGAAGUCAGCGUAAUAUCUGUGGGGAUAAUGAACCAUGUUUGGUCUGUGUUGAUUAUUUUUGUCCAAGUCUGUGCUAGUUCCUACCGCACAAUCUCUUCUAAUGUCAGAGUUCUGGCUUGACCAAAGUAUCAUAGAGCUUCGUCGAUUCGCGAAGUCUUGUUUUUUGAGAAGAUAUAUUUAACGGUUAAGUCGGUCAUAUUUAACAAAUCUUCCACAAAACUAGUAAUUACUGAUGGCGUAUGUUUCUUUUACUACGAUGUUGCAUAGACACUACAUAGAAUAGUAAUGAUUUUAAUAAUUGUUCUUCUUUAGAAUAAAUAGGUUUGGAUUUAUUAAAAUUAGUCGAAAUAAAGAUACUUUUAGAAUAAAUUUGCUAAUGGUUUAAAUAAAUAUAAAUAGGUUUAUUUAGAACCAUUGCAGAACCGCAAUUAGAGAAUCAUUCCAUCCACUAAUCCAAUAGAAGUUAAUUUUUUAUGCUAAGGAAAGACGUAAAUGAUUUAAAAUCGUACAGCACUCGGUUUGGAAGUUGUUCUUUUGAAUUGAGCCCUACAACGUUAACACAGUUCGCUGAGCUAUCAAACGACAACUGACUCUUAAAUGCUUACACUAAUGCAGUGCCGCUCCGAAUCUGAGUAAAACCGAGAAACAAAUCGGAUGUGCUUUAGUUUUUUUUUUUUGCUUAAGUUGUACUUGAUCUAAUAACGUAUGUCGCGCGUUAUUUGCCAACAACUAUUUCAUUGUCUAGUCGAUUAUUUAAGUUUCCUUUUAUUUAAAAGUUACGUCAAAUGGCGGACAACUCUACCCGCCGUCCAGUCGCUUUCUUGUUUAGUUUCCUAGACACAGGCGUGACCGCAAAAUAUUAUGUGGUCAAAAUAAAUGUUAUUUUACUCUGAAUAACUUGGAGCGGCAUUUAGUCGAAAAUCGGGUAACGAUUACGCAAUAUGCAAAUACAAUAAGUGAUUUAUUAAAUCUAAAUAUGAGGAUAAUUCUCAUAAACUGAUCUUAUGAUACAAAAGGCAAGUCUCCAUACAUGAUAUAUGUUAUAUUAAUUUAUAUAGAUAUCAUUGUUAAGCUUAUUUGGAAUUAUUAUUGUGCACUACAUGUACACUGCAAUUGACAUUCCAGCCACUGAUCUGAUCGACAUUUACUUUGAAUCUACAGGUGAAAAAAAAAGCUCCAAUAAGAGAAUCAACUGAUCGUAAGAGGAAAGACAACGUAAAAUAAUAUAAAUAGUACCAAGAAUAGCGCAUAGCUAUGAUGUAACAGCACAGAUAAUUUUGCUGAACGUUUCCUGGUAGGGAAUAGGGGAACUCGGUACACGGUACCAGGGAAACGUUUCCCUGGCACCGUGUACCGAUAUUCUUUCAAUGACCAUAAAAAAGAAUUCAUCGUUUAGCGAAACAAUGCGAUCGAUUAAUCAAGAAACACCUCAAUAAAAAUAAUGUACCAUUGUAACAGUGACAACUUUUGUUGUUAUGUUUAUCGGCUAGAGCAACCCCAGUUAAUACUUGCCUUCCGUACGUUUGGUUAUAAAAAAAACCAAUCUAUAAAAUAUCGGCUGAAUCACUUAUAUUCACACGUUGACAUGUUUCCUUCAAUAAAUAAACAUGUAAAUGCAUAC